AUGGGACUUACUAAAUUUGCAACUAGGACAGUAGCUCCUGACGAUUGGAUUGAGGUAGUUAAAGAUGCCCGUCAAACACCGACGCCAUUUGAGAUGCAUCUUCCAUACACACUCAUCUUUAUUUUCAUCAAUCUGUACUGUUGUACUUGCUCACCAUAUUACGUAAAUAGUCUUUCAAAACGUGGAGAAAAAUAUUGUGGUAGCCGAUUAACCUCUAUGCUAAAUUUGGUAUGUCGAGGAAGGUAUUACGGGCCAAGCAACAAAAGAAGUACACAUAACGACCUAAUGAAUAUGGACAGUGACUUUAACACCAUCGACUCAGAUUACAGUAACAACGAUGUACUUUAUCCUUACCUUUCAAAGGAUACCGUACUUUCUCUUCUUCCCAACAAAAUUAGAAAAUCACAUGGAAUUGUCAACGAAUGUUGCUAUAAUCCUUGUACGGUGGACACCAUGAAAGAAUAUUGUGAUUACUAGAUCAGAAGAAAUUCUCUGUAAAGAUUGUUUACUAAAAGAUUUAUAUUAUGUUCAAUUUUAAUUAAAAUAAAU